ACCACGUUUCCGCCACGCGCUCCCCAAAUCCCGUUGGUUGGGAGAAAAACGGAAACCAUUCCCGUGAAUGAAAGGAACCUGUUAGCUCUGCCUUCGUGCCGUCGUGUGUCGUCGGGUGCCAGUGAUGUCUGGUGACCAUGCGCACCAGAGACCCACAGUUUCAUUCAUCCGUCUUGGUCGCGAACAGAACAAACGUCGAAGGCUUUGCGGCUUGCGGGAACGAACGAACCACGAACAACGCUAUAAAAAGGAUUGUACAAGUUCGUCACUCUUCAGGCGAUUCCUGUCGCAGGACUGAGCAACAAGCGGUAGAGCUAGAGAGACCAGUUAGUCGAAACAGCAGCAGAAGCAGCAUCCAGUUUAGUUGCAGAUUCUUUUGGCGGAUGGUGGUGCUGUAGUGUUGUGUGCCAAAUUACCAUUCUUCAGAGGAUCCGGUUUUCCACUUUUUUCCUCCAAGGUUCGGGUUAGCUCACUUUUAGUUGCACUUCUUUUUCGUAGAAUUCGAGCCCGUGCUAUAGUGCCAGUGAUUGCAAAACGUGACUGAGUAUUAAUUGUGACAAGGGUGCCCACUGGAUACUCGAGAACACGUCGAGCUGGAGGUUGUACCAGAAGGAAUUUGAUUGAAUUUUCCUCUCAGUAGUGGCAUCCCAUAGGACGGCAGCUGCGGUGUGUGUGGUUGUGUUCGUGCGUGUAUUUCCAGCAUUUCGCUUUCCGGAAGGCCGGGGAGAACUUGUGGAUUGUGCAGUGCCUGGGGCGAGUGAGUGGGAGUGAGUCGUCGAUUCUACAAAGUUUCGUCCCUGACAACGCUUGGUGGUGGUGUUCCUGCAACCUGAAAAUAGCAAAUAAGAAAAUCCUCCAAGGAAAGUCUGUGUGCCAAUAAGUAUAGGAAAAUUGCAACUCGUUUCGGUGUGCAGCAGGUGUGGUGAGGAAGAAGCUCCGGCGAAGUGUUAGGAAGACAAACAAAAGUGAGAAAAUAGAAUCGUCUUCUGGCAGUGGAGCGGCGUCCGAGUUAUUGAUGCACUUUUCAGAUUGCAGAGGAAAUUCCAGUAGGAAAUAGUUGAAACUACCGCCACAGAAGCAACAAGCCAGACCAUUCAAAGUGCGGGAUUUGUAAGCGCGACGGAGAGAAACGUAUUGCGUGUUUGUGUGCGUUCGAAUUUCUGUUUCAAGGAUAACUGUGCAAAGUCAGGAGAACAGAAAGGAAAAUUCUCGGGAGGUGUAAGACACGGACGAGAAUAGCUGAACACCACCCCAGCAGUAUCUCAGUGACGACGAAUACGAUUACGACAGCUGACAACAUGGGAAACUUUGGAAUUCCUUUGCCGCCAAAACUGUUUCUCCGGAUUCUUAUGCUGCUGUUCUUGGUUGUACACAAUGCAAACUCCCAAUACGCAGAAGGCAACCGUCGGCUAAAACCAUGCGAACUAGAAACCCUGCUGCGAGACCUCACCUAUCCCGAGGAAGGCUACGAGAUGCAUGCCGCCGCCUUACGUAACCAACUGCGACACAUUCUCGAACGGGAACCCACUGCCGACAGUGGUUACCAAUCCCUGGACGACUACGGAACUUACGACAACUCCGGUCCGUACGAAGACAAACGCUCAUACCGUUCGCUCUUGCGGGAAGGAGCCACCUUCGGCAAGCGAAACCUUGGAUCUCUGGCGCGUGCUGGCUUGCUGCGGACGCCCUCGACGGACUAUCUCAAGCGCAGCAUUGCCACCCUGGCCAAGAACGGUCAACUGCCUGCCUCCCGGGAGCCCGACUCGGAGGAGGCGGCCUCGGCCGGGGGAUGGAACGACGAGAAGCGCAACCUUGCAUCGGCCCGCGCUUCCGGAUACAUGCUAAACGGAAAACGAAACAUUGCAUCCCUGGCGAGGAAGUACGAGCUGCCCGGCAAGCGGAACAUUCAGUCGCUGCUGCGCACCGGAAUGCUACCGUCGAUUGCCCCCAAGCGCAACAUGCAAUCGCUGGCACGCGAUAACUCACUGCCACACUUUGCGGGUGCCUCGGCACAGGAGAGCAAGCGCAACAUCCAGACAUUGGUACGCGACUGGAAUCUGCCCCGACAGCAGAGCGUGGCCACCGACAAUGAAAAACGCAACAUCCAGUCCCUUAAGCAUUCCCAAGGAGGUCAGGGAGGUGGAAGUGCAAACGGUGGUGGCCGCAAGAAACGUGAGCUCUACUACGAAGAUGAAACGCUCGACGACAGUGCGCCGGAAAUUCUCGAACCCGUGUACCAAUCUGCCCCGCUGGACUACGAGGAGCUGAUGGAGGCGAUGAACGAAGCUUAUACGCCGUAUUACAACAGCCCGGUCGGAAACCAUGUGGAGGAGAAGCGAUACUUAGGUUCACUGGCGCGUGCUGGCAUUUUGCAUCGUUACCACCGAUUCUACAAACGCACCCCCCUGGCAAGCUUCGAUGACUUGCAUGGCAAUGAUGAUGAUGAUGAUAACGUUGAUGACACUAAUAACGAUGAAGGUGAAGUUUCGCAUAAGCGAAAGCACGGUUCUAAGGAUGGUUUAGUUCAGGAUGAUGAUGAUGAUGAUGAUAAUGAUGAAGAUUACAAACCGACAAGUUCCGUUGUCCUGCAAUCGCCCCAGAAGCGACACCUCGGCUCGAUAAUACGCUCCGGGUGGAUGCCGUCGUUCCGGCCAUCGCGAACCGCCGGCCGCUUUAGCCGAUCCGGGAGGGCGAGGUCGAGUUUUACUCCCAACCCGAGCGACUACGACAACCUAUCGCCGGCGUUUGUAGACGAUGCGACGGCACUAGCGACGGCAGCGGAUUUCGAACAGCAUCAGCAGCAGCAGCAUCCUCUCCCUUCGACAGCUGGGGAGGUCCCGGUCUACAGUCAACGUUGGGUUCUGCGCCACCCCGAGUUACCGCGCUACACUGGCGCCGCUUUCGGGAACCGUCCGCGAACGUACGGCGGCGGACCGCCCGAGGAGUACCCCUACUACGACAGUUCCAGUGAGACGUCCGCCAGACCGUCAAACCCCUUCUACUCGGAGGACGAGUUUCGCUGCGCUGCCCGACUGCGUAAGUUGCUCUACUACCUUAAGAAACAGUACUACCUGGACAAUAAGUACAUUCAGUCCGUUUACGGGCGCAACCCUGUAAGAUAUUAAAUGUCAAAACAUAUUUAGGCACGGGAUUCGGAUCGGUUUAUGGUUUACACACAUGUAGGCAGGAAGAAACAAGCUGACACAGGACAAUAAUCUAUCGCUCGGGUUUCUGGCAACAGAAACCCGCAGCUGCUUGUAUUGUAAAAUCUUUUUAACUGUAGAAAUAUCUGAGGUAACGUUUCGAAUAUCACUGUGAAAACUUACCGUUGGACAAGUGAGUUUAAAUCUUAUACAUAUUUGAUGGACUAAGUCACCCAAGAGACGAAAUUGAAAAAAAAGAAAGGAGCCCCCUCUUAAAUGUUUGUAAGCAUUUAUACUGUAUUAAAGUGUAGAUUUAGAUAAUGAAAUACUGGAAUUUUAAGAUGUAUUUAUCAACGCAAAUAUGAUGCCAAGUUCUAACAGCAAGGGCCUAGCGGACGCUCAGUCUGUCCGUAACACUCCCCCUCUAUCAGGGAAACAGUAGGGCUCUCUAAUAGUCGGCUUCCUCCCAGCGAAGUAAGAGAACGCAACAAGAACGGUACGUAUUGAUCAAAGAAAAAAAAAUAACCAAAUAUCUCUAUUCCCCAUAUCCUUUCCUUCAUAUCAAGUUGAAAACCAAGAAAAACUGAAAACUUUUUCUACAUUUUAAGCCACUACCAAGCAAGUUAUAUCUUCCUCUUCCCCCGUUUUCGACUAACCCUAUUGUAUGAAAUUUUAUCCUCGUACAUAUUUAUAGCCUUUACAGAGUUUAUACAGAAUCCUAGCAAACAGUGAAUAAACAAAAGUGUAAUCAAAUACCUAUAAUGCGCGCAGCAGUGAGUAAUAAGCGGUAAGCAAACACAUCCCGUUUUGGAACUGAGGCGCAAUAUGUGAUUGUUGCCAAAGCGCAAAUACCGACAAUCACCACCACAGCCGCUCCUUGGCGUUUGCCAAAAAAAGUGUAAUCUAGGGACGGGUUCAUUCUAAUAUUUAGAUCAUUUCGAGGGAAAUUGAGCUCGCCGCAUUUGCUCGGGUGGUACCAUCAGAAACAGAUUAUGCAAAAAAAAUCUUGCUGUUUAUUUUUUUUUUUACAUUGUUGCAAUUUUUGUAUCGUUUUUGAAACUAUUGUUAUUUGCAGUCUUUUGCAGUAUGUUGAGCGAAUAGCUAGGUUCAAUUUUGAAGAAAAGUAAUAUCAUAAUUAACAUAAUAUGAUCACAUAUCCAUAAUGCCUCACAGAGUUACUUCCUUGAUUAGUUACAGAACAAUAAUUUCAGGUAGGAUUUCUUCCGAGAUUUUACUCAGAGUGACUCUCGUUAUUUUCCCAAGCACCUUUAUGUUGCUUUUUCCAGGAAUUCAUUUUAGGAUACUUCCAGGGAUUUAACGAAUUUACUCAUUAACUUCAGGAUUUGUCUUAGGAUUUCAUCCGGGAUAUAGAGGUCUUUUUAGGAUCUCCUCCAGAUAUUCCUUAAGAAAUUUAUCCAAGAACUUGUCUUUGAAUUCGUUGCAGAACUUCUUCUUUACCUUCCAGCAACCUUUCUAGCAUUCUCCAUGUUAAACUCUGGGAGAAAUUACGAAAGAAAAACUCAUGAAAGAUCCCCUCAAGAAGUUCUGGAGGUAAUCUCAAGAGAAACUCUAGGAAAACUUUUGAAAUGCAGUGUUCUGGAAAUAUCUCAAAAACGAUCAAUCAAGAUCACUGGCCUAUAGAAAUACGCCGAUCGUUUUUCAAAGCCAAGAAAACUGCUUUUUUGUUUUUUGGAAAACAUACCAAACUGAGUUGUGCGAUAAAGUAACUCUGUAAGUGCUUUCGAUAAAGAAAAAAUAUCAAAUAAUUUCUAACUAGAUACUCCUGGGGGAAACCACGAAAGGACUUGCUGGUUACAUCCCGGAAUAAACUGUUAGAAAACCCGGGAGUAAUUCUUGAAGAAAUUUGAGGAGCACUCAACGGAAAAUUCAAGUAGACACUAUUGGAAAUAUUUCACGAAAAAUGCAUAGAAAAAAUACCAAGAUAAAUAUGAAAUAAUGAAUUCCAUGGCGAAUAUAGGGAGAACCUCUAAAAGAAAUCUCGGGUUAAACCUUUUGACAAAUCUUCAGAGGAGCUACUGGCGUAGUCUCUGGAGAACGUUUGGUGAAAUCUCUGAAGUAAUGUCAGGAGGAACUUCUGAAAAGUUACAAGUAAGAAUUUCGUAAAGAACCCUGGUGGAGAUAUUUCAUGAUCAAUCUCUGAAAAAUCACGGUGGAAGUCGAAAAGAAACUUUGUGAGAAACUCCGAGGGAAAAUUCGCAACUUGCGGGAAGGAAUAUCCAGAAGAAACUCUAGAUGUAAUUCUUGACGGAAUUCCUCGUGAAGAUAUUUCUGAAUGAGUCCUGAAUUGAUUUCCUCCCCCAGAAUAAUCACAUUCGUACUGAAAUAUGCAGCGUCUUCAGGACGUAUUCGGGAAUCGUAUUGUUUCAUGGAAUUUCCAUCUUGCCUUGUUACCGCAUAAUUGAUUUCUUCUUCAACCAACACAACUGUCCAGCAUUAUUUUUGGAUUUAGUUUGUGCCCUGAUAACCAUCCGAAUGAAUCUACGUCUUAAAACAGCUUUAUAGAUUCAGUGAGAUCCUCAAUACCAUCAUAAAACCAAAACCAGGUCAUUUCAAUUCAACGGCUGUUCUCAAAACUUCUACUACUCGUUUUAAUCGAUGCUUAUGAUGAAAGCUUCUCAAGCUAUUGGCAAUUAUUGUAGAGCAGAAAAAAUUUUGAAGGAAAAAACUACAUAGAAAGCUACAAGGAGUUCUUCGAAUACAUAAAACUUUAGAUCUUCUAGAAAUUCAUACAUAAAUUUUCCAACAUAUACCUUAAGUUCGUCCAUUUAUUGUCCGAGUAGCUCACUUUUUUACAUGUUUUUAAGUAACACCAAGCAAUUAACAUUAUAAGCCCCUGCUGAGCUUAAUUUUUUAAAUUUUGGCUGAAUAAGCUGUUAUUCAGAUAUAAUUGUAAGUUUGGCUUAUAUUACUAAUUUUGGUCAGAUAAGAAUUAUAUAGACUCAUGUUGGGUUGAGGUAUGUAAUCUACUCAGAUACUGUAUGAAUACUAUUUCGAAAAUUAUCGAGCUUACCCAGAAAUUUGAGCGUGAAAUCUUUGCCCUGGUUUUCCAAGAAAUUUUGACUAGUAUACUAGCUGGGAUUCAAAGAAAAGUUGGAACUGCUCCGGAAAUUUCUGCUUUAUCCUUUCGUAACUCGCGCGGUUGACUACCUGCGUCAGCACCACGCUAAUGCUGAGUAAAAAAGGCGAGAUUUUUUCAACGUGUUGUACAAAAUACAACAGCGCGAUCGCUCGAGGGUUAAUAUUCGUUAAGAGUUUCUUGACUAUCGAAAAUUGUCUGUUCUGCCAAGAAAGUCCAUCGUCGCAGUUAUAAGCAGUUAUCUUUUCUAUUUAAAAUUCACUUCGAGAUUUUGUUUUAAAUUAUGACUAGCAGGUUUCACUUUUUGUUCUUUAUAAACAUAAUGUUAUGUCCUGUGCUAGUUCAUCUCGGAGCCCAUGGUUCUACUCUAAGAAUUCGUCUCAGGAUUUCACCUUGAAUUCGUCCCGGAAUACCACUCACGAUUCUUUCUGGAGUUUUUUCGAGUAAAUAUUUUUUUUGGGAUUCCUCCAUGAAUUAUUCUUUAAAUUCUUCUCGAUAUUACCAAAGUAAUUCUUAACCGAAUUUCUUAGGAAUUCAUUUGAAAUUAUUUCAGGAAUAUCAGCGGGAUCUUCCAGAAUUCUUCCAGGGAUCAUUUUAUUUUUUUUGCCGGGCAUUCCUUUUGGGAAGCUUCCUGGGUUUUCAGCUAGGAUUCAAAGUUUUUACUGGGAUUCAGGUUUCCUCACAUGAUACCACCAUAGAUUCUUCCUGUUUUUAAGAAUUUCCUCUAGGAUUGCUGCAGGGGUUCCAGAUAUGGAGAUUCUUACAUUGAUAUGUCCUAGGAUUCCUUUGGGUAUUCCUCCUCCUAUUUAGUAUUUUCCUCAAAUUUCUGCGGGGACUCCUUACAUGAUUCUUUCAGCGGGCCCCUUUGAAAUUGUUUCAGGAUUCUUUUAGAUAUUCGUCCUAAAAUUUCUUCAGCGGCUCAUACCGUGAUUAUUUCUGGCAUUCCUCCCAAAAUUUGUUUUAGAGAUCCUGGUUUGGUUGGAGAUUUGGUUCUAGGCUUCCAUUGAGGACUCCGCUCGCCAGGGAUUCCACACUAGGAACUUCUCCUGGAAUUUAUUCAUACAUUCCUUCCACGAUUGGUACAGGGAUUCUUACCAAGAUUUUUUUCAGGGAAUCUCAUAGAAUAUCCUCCAGAGUUUUUAGAAAUAUUCUCCCGAAAUGCUAUCGGGAUUCUUUUUUUUUUAGUUUCUUAUUUUAGGAAUUUUUUCAGGGAUAACUAUUGGAUUCUUUCAGUAAUUCCUUCAGGGGUUGCUUCAGGAACUUCUUCUGAAAUUAUUUAAGGGGUUCCCUCGUUUAUUUUCAUGGAAUUUAUUUAGGGACCGCUCCUUGCUCUUCAUCACAGUUUCUGUUUGAGAUUCCUUCAAGGGAGAGGAUUUCAUCGUGAACCAGUAAGUUUAAAGCAACAGAUAAUUUGUUUAAACCAGUACUUCCCAAACUGUGCACCGUGGACAUUUCUCAGGUGCGCCACAGGCUGUUGAGCCAAAACACCAAGAACAAACUUUUAUUAUUGAAGGCGAAUUUUUUUUGUUUAGUAAAACUAGUAUCGCCUUAUAGCUUUUGGUAUUCUAUAAUAAAGGCUUUACCUAAACAAACCUCAUAAGAAAGUUCUUUGCAAUAACAGAGGAGUAACCGCGGGCGGUCAAUCAUGCUCAUGCUCGUGCUCAAAAGCUCAAAAGAAAGUCUCUGAAAUUGGUUUUCAUCUUCUAAAUUUUCAGUUAAAAAGGAACUGUUUCAAAGUCUUCGAAUGUUUUCAAAAUGUCUGAUACCAUCGUUAAAAGUUUUAAAUUUUAACCAAAUUUUUAAAUUUUUAGAGUUUUGACAUUUUUCUUCAAAACCUUGAAAUUGUUAUUUGAUCUUUUUAUGAUUCUGUUUAGCUUUCAACUUUAUCAAUGGUUUGUAAUUCAAAGUAAAUAUUUCAAGGGUCUUUUAUGAAGUUCUUUCAGAAUUAUUACUGUUAUUCUCCUGGUCUUCAUGCUGUUCCAAACUUUCAGGGACGACAUUUUUACUUACAUCACUAUCGUAUUUUUUUUUUUCAUUUUUAUUAGUUUUUCCAGCCCUAGGCAAGUUCGUCUCCUUAAUGUAUUCAAAUCUGCGAUUAUUUAUUUGUCGAUUUCGUGCAUGCUACCGAAAACUACAUUUUUUAUGGUGUAUCCCUUUUGUACAGAUACGAAAAAAAUACCUCUAAUCGUCACUGUCAGCCAUUCUGACAGGUUCUGAGCAUUCCAUUUUUAUAUCUUUGUUUUUUUUUUCAAAGUUUGGUGAACUACAUACUUUAUUUAACAAAUACAGUAAGGACCCGAUUUUGUCAGCCCCUGGUAGCAUUUUGGGCUGACAAAAUCGGGUACCUGACAAAAUCGGGACAUUUUUUAAAAUCAUUUUUUUAUUCAUGAAAAAUUGUUCUGAGCACGUCAGAGAUGGAGAUAGGUGCGGAUGGUCUGCUUUGGGUUCGUUCAAAUAUUACGUAACGCCAAAGAGGGGGAAGGGGUCCAGCGCUGUGUUACGCUUCAUACAAAAUUUUAAAAUUUCUCUUUCAAAAAUAGUUACGCGGUAGAGGGAUAGCGGAUAGAGUCGAAAAUUUUCAAAUUUUGCGUUACGUAAUAUUUGAACGGACCUUUUGUGGUAAAAAACAAUCGAAAGGGUGUUAAGGGCACAGAAAAAUGGUAUUUGGCAAAGUUAACAUUCAGUGUUUUUUUUGCAGCAGAACUAUUAAAUAUUUUAUUUCUUUUUCUUCUUGUCAUACAAUCCCUACUGGAACACAGCCUUCUCCUAGCUUAGCAAUUGUGGUCUAUAGAAGACAGUUGACACUGGUUAGCGUAGUUUAAAUCAUAACAUAUAACUUUAGCUGUCAACGAAUGAAAAUGAACCGACAUCUGAUUGACAAGUAUAGACACUCAUACUGUCCGAAUUGGCUACGUUUCCGCUGCCUUUCCACUUUAAUUUCCAGAGCCUUAUCUCUAAAAAAUCUCUGGAGAAAUUUUUGAAGAAAUGUUCGGGGAAAUUUUUAAAGAAACUACCCGAGGAUAUACGGAACGUGACCCUCAAGACAUUCCUGAAAGGAUCCCAUAAGUAGUUUCUGCAAAAACCUUUACAGGAGCUGCGGAUAAAUCCCUUAAGUAAUUUCUCAAAGAAUCGUUACUGCAAUCUCCGUAGAAAUCUCUAGAGGCAUUUCUUCAGCAUUUUCUGAAAUUCGUUGAAGGAAUCUCUAUUGCAAUCUUUGAAGAAAUCUCCUUGAGAAAUCCAUGGAGGAAUUCCUGAAAAAAAGUACUGGGGAAAUAUCUGGAGCAGUUUAACCGUUAUCCCAAGCAGCACCUAGUAUGAAUUCCAGAAGAGUUUCCUACAAAAUAUUCUAAUGGAAUUUGAAGCAAUACCAAGGGAUUUUCGUAAAGAAAUAGCAAGAGGUAACCCUGGAAAAAUCUGAAGCCGGACCCUCGGGAAAUCCAUAGAGGAUGUCCAAUUGGGAAAUCUCUAGAGGAAUUCUUGUAUGAAUAAUUACUGAAGGCAUUAAUAGAGGAACAUUUUACGAAAUUCUUAAAAGGAUCCCUGAAGGAAUCCUAAGAGGAAUUCUUUUAAAAAUCUUUAUCAGUAGGUUGGCUCCAGGGACACGUUCUCUUCUGUUUGGGGAAUUUGUGCCUUCCGUAGAUUUAUUCAUGGACUAAAGUACGCAGUAAUUCAUAUAGGAAUUAUUGCAGAAGUAUCUACAGAACUCUCUGAAUACAUCACUAGAAGAGUUCCUGUAGAAAUUACUGGAUAAAGUCCUACAGGAAGACCAGCAAGAAUUUCUUAAGGAAUCUCAACAGGAGUUCGUCAACCUGGGGGUAUUUCCUGGUUUCUCCCAGUUUUCAUUUAAACUGCACGUGCACACUUAGAUAUAACUAUGGUUUCACUUUCGAACACGGGUAUGGUGCAAACGAUCACGGCUACGGUGCAAACGCGACGGACUUACUUUUGUGUAUUAGGGUAUGCUACAGGUAUCAUAGGAAGAAUGCAUGAACAAUUUUUAGGGAAAUAUCUGAAAAGGUUCUUAUAGAAAUUUCUAGAAAAUUUCUUGGAGGAACUCCAACAGAAGUUCCUGGACUAUCCAAACAGAUAUGUAUGGAGAAAUGCCAGCAGGAUGUCUUCAAAGAAUUUUUAGGGAAAUCCCUGGAUAAAUCCACGUAGCUAUUGUAGGAGGAAUUAUUGGAGAAAUCCUUGGAGAAACUCCUGGAUAGAUCGCUGUAGGAGCUCAUGUAGAAAAUUUUUGAGAAAAAAAAUGCUGUCAGAAUUUUAGCAAAACUUUUGGAGGAACCCUAGCAGGAGUUUCAGAACAAGUCUCAGGAAAAGCUUCUGGGGAAAUCACAGGAGGAAUGCCUAAGAAAAUCUUAAAGAGACACACUUUAAUGAAUCUUUAUGAAAUUCCCGAAAGAAUUCCUUCAAAAAUUUCCGGCGGAAUUCUUGAUAAAAUAUCAGCAAAAAUUCUUACAAGAGACCACGCAAAAGUUCUUGAAGGAAUCGCAGCAAGAAUUUUUUGAGGGAAUCCCAUCUCGAAUUCCUUAAUGGUUUCUAAUGAAUACAAUUCCCACAGCAAUUUUUUAAGCAAUCCAAGCAGGAAAUCUACAAUACAAAUCUCAUAAUAAAUCUAGACCAACAUGUAAGAAAGGGCGGAACAACCAUUGCAUGUCUCAACUUCUUCCACCCCGUCUAGGCGUAUUUCUAUUUAUUUAUGCAACUUAUUCCGUUAUCAGAUAGAAAGGAGUCUGCUCUAUCUGUUACUGGUCAGAGAUUACAUGAAAAUUGGGCCAUGUGCUCAGAAGGAAGGGAGAAGCAAAAAUUCGAAAUGGUUGUUGCGUCCUUUUCAAAUGUUAGCCUAUCUGGAUCAAUCCAAACAAGGAAACUAAGAGGAAUCCUUGAUAAGCCGGAAAGAAGUAAAUGGAUUGACAUGUGUAAUUGUUUGUUCUGUUCCAGAGGAAAUUAAGUUCAAUAGUCUUAAGCCCAUAUAGCCGAUGUGGUAAGCGCACGUGCAAUCAGCAAAAUCAUGCUGAAGGUGACGAGUUUGAUUCCCGGUUAGCUCAGAAUCCAUUUCAUAAUCGACAUUUUCUUAACUACCUUGUAUAUCUUCAUGACUACCACACGAUAUAUGUACAAAUGCAAAAUAAACAUCGCCUGUGGGGGAUCUCAGUUAAAAAUUGUAAAAGUUCUCAUAAAAUACUAAGCUGAGGAGCAGGCUGUGUCUCAGUUGGAACGUUACGUCAAAAAGAGAGAGAGCUGGAAUCUUUUAGCAAUUUAUACCAAUAUUGGUUUAAAACAUUGGCGAGGGUUGGAUACAAAAAUUUCCUCAAUGUGUUAGUUUGCAAAAAAAAAGUUUGGCCGUUUUCAAAAGUUACACGAGUUUUGUUCAUUGCGUAAUUUUUCUAUGACGCCUAAAGACAUCAACAGCAUUAAUAUUUAUUAUAAAAUUGAAAUUUAAGAUUGAAAAACAUAUUUAUUUUUCUACUUCAAGAAAGGCUGACAAAAUCGGGUCAAAAAGCUGACAAAAUCGGGGGUAGACAAAAUCGGGGGUAGACAAAAUCGGGGGCUGACAAAAUCGGGUCCCCACUGUAUAUGAAUUUAAAAUUUUCCAAUUCCGAAAUAAAUUGGCGAAGUCAAUUUUAAAUUAACUGCCGAACGAAUAUUCAAUCAAAUUUCCAAUGAAAUUAUGAAAGUUUUUUUAAAUAAAUGUCCUUAAAUAUUGCAGUAGAGAUUUCAAAAAGAAAAAAAAAACUUGGGACAGAAUUGACACAGAAAUUUCCUUAAAAAUUUCCAAAACAAUUUCCAAUGUAAUUCAUGGUGACAAAUUCUGAAAAAAAAAACAAAUCCCAAAAAAUUUCCAAAGAAAUCUCCAAAUUAAUUGCUGAAUCUAUUUCAUCCAUAGAAAUUGUCGAAGAAUUUUCAAAUGGGAUGAUCUUAUUCUUAUGAAUUUUCAAAAAAUUCCAACAAGAAUUUCCGAAAUCUGGAUUCAGAUUAGCUGGUAAAUGUUUAAUCCGAUCAGAACUCCAAAAAAGUGUCAAUCGGCUCUAAUGUGUCGGGAGCUCGACAAUCUGCAUUUUUUGCAGUGAUUCAAUCUAAUAUUUCAUCGGAAGCUCCAAGUUCACCGGGGCACCGCACUAUGGGCGAAUUCCAUACAAGCAGAUGGACGAAAAUAUUUUUAUCAUUUAUUUUCGUUUUCUGUGGUCUAUCGAAAUAUUUCGUUAAUUUGCUUUUUCAAUAUUUCGAGACUAACUUUUGAAAAGGGCGUAUAUACUUAUUGAUUAAAAGUAAAUUAAAAAUAAAUCGAUGCGUACUUUGAUUGCAAAUCAAAAGAUUAUUAUUAUUUUUUGGUUUUCAUAUGGAACUGUCCAUAAACUACAUGGAAAAAAUAUGAAAGCCAUACAAUUGCUAUAGCUUUAUUUAAAAAGCAUAUUAAAUUGUACCGAAAUGGCUUAUUUUUUGAAAAGCCUAAUUCCAAAGUUGCGCAACUGAUGCGCAAACUUUUUCACUGUAACUUUCUAGAAUAGUCCCCGAUUAUGCUUCAGAAUCGCUGGGAUUUGCACAAUUCAGCGCAAAAAAAAAAAAAUUCCGCGCUGAAAAUAUUUCAUAUUAGCGUUAUUUCAAUGUUUCAACCCCUUUUAAUGCUUUUUUUUAAUAAUUUAGUUCUGUAUAGAAACUUAAGUGCUUAGUGCUUAAUUUUUGUCUUACAACUUUUUAAGUAACCUUAUCAAUGAUGUAUUAUAAAGUAAGGGGUAUUUCAUGGAAAAAUGGUCAAUAAUUGAUUUCAGAUAAACCUAGCUUAAUCGUCAAAAAGUUCUAUUUUCCGUUACUAUCUAUCUUUGAUAUUUCAUAUCUCAGAAACGCAAUGUGCUAGAGACUUCAAACUUUGUGAUUUUAUUAAUUGGAAUGUUUACUUUCGACAAAAACUAUAACAAAACGAUUUGGUGAGGGUCAGUUUUUCGAUUUUUGUCCACCUGAUAUCUUAUAGUGCACCGGUGGGUUCAAUAUGUAUAAGAUAUCAGAUAGUCUGAGGUAAACGGUGUCGGUUGGCAAGAAACAAAAGCAUUGCAUCAUAUUAUUUAAACUACAGUCAAAAGCAACUAUUUCGGGAAGUUUUUUGGUGUAACAGUCUUUUCUAUGUAUAUAUACAUGAGAUAGUAUACGUGAGAUAAAAUGCAUGUGUGUUUUGCUACAAACAAAAACAUUUGACCAAUGCUGUUUGGAGACAACAUUUCAGCUAUUUCCACAAAAAUCUUCUGGUACAAGAGUAAAUACACUUGAUAAUACCUUGAAACCUGAGUAUCCUUUAGUAGCUUUUAGGAUGGAGGCUAUGGUGAGGAUUAAAAAUGUAAGCUUUCUGGUUACUUGCAUUAUUCUCGACUAAUUUUCCAAUUUACUAUCCAAAGUUACUAACAAUAUAUUCAUAGAAUGUCUAGCAUGAUAGUAGUAAAUGCCAAUACAUAAAAACAUCAGGACAACCAUUUGUAUAAGACAGAAAUUCCCAACCUUUUUCAGGUGGCGACCCACUUUAAGAAUUGUCAAAACAUCUGGGACCCAAUGAAAAUUUGUAGAAAAAAAAAUAUAUAUUAAAUUAACAAAUCCGAGUUUUUUGGGUACAGUGACGUUGCCAGAAAUUCACUGUGGGAGGGAUUUUCGACAAUCAAUGAUACGUUUUUUCAUUAGACACUCACAUAAACAAUGAUGUCAUGUACAUUCAAUUCGAGUCCAAGGGGCUAGUCGCUUGGAACAUUGUGCCAAGAGGUGCCAAGCACACCGUCUUAUACGCUGUGUGGCACACCGAGGCACUCUGAGGCACAAUUUUGACACUUGAGUAAGGGUGAAAAAACUAGGCAACCAUGUGCAUUUGACCUGCAAAAUGAAAACAAACAGUUGGUUGUCUUGGUAGUUGCCAAGCAAAAUCUGAAUCAUCAAGCAGUGGCACUUCGGGGCACACUGAGGCACAAUUCAAUACCCGGUGGCACACUGAAAAUAAUUGGCGCAAGUAAACAUGUGCUCAGCGACUCCCCCUUGUUCGAGUCGUAGCUGAAGAAAAGCGGCGCAGCCGAAAAUAUUUAUUCUGCUGAAGGCGUUUUAUACUGAAAAUUUGUUCUUUAAAUUGUGGCUUUUGAGGGUAGCGGUAUUCAAAAUUAAAAAUUAGUAUAAUUUGCACAGAUUAGAACAAAAAUUCAACUUUUUUUUUAGUAAUAUCGCACUCCCCUGGACUGGCUUCACGGUCCCUCAAGGGGCCGCGGACCACCGGUUGGGAACCCGUGGAAUAAGUUAUGUUCCUCAAACACUGUUUCAUUUUGUUUCCAUGAUUUAUUAUUGUUAUUUUAAUACAUUUCUAUGUUCAUGAGCACAACAACGACAAACAAGCACAGAUCUUAUUAUUAUCAUUCAGUAAUACGUUUGAUGAUUUAUAAAGGAGAAUAGUAUAAAACCAAUUGAUCUUGGUGAUGUCGUUUGAAAAUGUUUUGGGUUUUAAGAGAGUUUUGUAUUCUAUUCGGAUUUAUUCUUGUUUCCCGAUAUUGUUUUUCAAAUUUAAGAUAUAUAGAUAUAUUUUUAUAAAUUCUAUUUCAGUUUUUGUUACCAAGAACAAUUCCUCAACGAUAUUCUCCUGGUACCAACUAAACGAAUCGUCACUCUAGAACGCUCUUUCAAGCCGAAUUUCUCGCGUCAUAGUUUGAAACCGAUCCCUAUUUCAAUCGAACCGCCAAGGAGCAGCUAAAGCUCGACGUCUCAGUUCCUAAACCAUCUGUAGCGCUUACCCUACUAGUAUCGUAACCCCACAGUCAGUCACUUAGUCAGUCACUCAGUAGCAUCUCCCCCACCACCACAACCACCUCCGUUAAAGCCGUGUCGCCAUGACUCGUCGGCGACCGAGACGGAAAUGCCAAACCGUAGGCAGCUAAACCAGUCUUCGUUCUUGUUUUCCCGAUCAUCUUCGGUGCCGGCGUUUCCCCGACUAGUGAGUGGAUGGGUGGGAGAAAUCAGAACUAGAGAAUUAUGAAUCUCAUCCUCCCAGUGGGUCCACGCGCUUACUGGAAAAGCGUCUUCCAGAGUUCGGAAAGGACUGCGUGGGAUCAAUGGAUGUCGGGGAAAAACGGUAACGGAAAUGGGAAAACAGUUGUAAACAAUUCUCUCUGUGGGAUAGGGAUAGGGAGGAUUGGGUGGUAACAGCCACGUGGAAGAGACUAUCAUUGGAUUCGUCAGUCGGACGGUUCGAUCCAUGCGAUGACGAUAGAAUGAGAUGUGAAACUUCAUAGGACUAAAUUGGCUCGUUAGAGCGUUUUUGAUGCCUUCUUUUUGACGCAUUUUUUGGAUGAAAGACUUUGUGCUAGAGAUGUCGUUUUGAUGAGGAGAACGUGCUUCGUAGUACGUGUUCUGGGAAUAAAACUAAUGACGUCACUCUAAUGGGGUUGAAUGAAAGGAUGUCUAUCGAGCGAUAUCGAUUUUUAUUGAAACGUCUUUUUUAAAGACAGGCUAAGUGGUCACUUUUCUAUUGUAUUUGUAAUGCCAUUGAUUUGUUAACCCAUAGAUCAACUUAGUUAAGAUUUUACGCUCAUUUUUUAACUUAAUUGCUUAUCCUGCCUAUUACAAAGUAAAUUCAGUAUUUAAUUCGUUUAAAACUUUUUACAAAUCAAAUUAUAACAAAACGCUUACGCCAUCAUAUUUUACAGUAACCUAAACAUAUUUUUUUCUGAUUUUUUUCAUAUGAUUAUUUGUGCUGAAAGUUUUGUGGCUGUAAUAAAAGCCACUAUAAAACUCUAUACGAACCAUUCGGCUUGAAAUGCUGUGUGAAAUACUACUCUCUUCACGUGGCUGUUACUAUACAUGAAUCCAAUAUAAACUUAUCAACCUAAUUUCCAAGAAAAAAUGGUUUUCAAGAGUUGUCAAUAUACAGAAAUCUAUGGAAACUAACUAUGAUUUAGCUUAUCCUAUCACUAACCAUAAACACCUUUUAGAAAAGAGCUAUGCUUGAUGUCGCGUCUGGAGAAUGGGAGUAAAUCAACCGGUAUCACUUAUCUUAUAAGCUCUAAAUGAAUCAUCUGAACAACAAAAUUUGCUGUGCACGACAAUUCAUUAUCAUUAUUAUCAUUGCCCCGACCGAGUAAUCAGUUUCCAAGCGUUACCGAUGAUCAUCAUUGUCUCCUAGCUAUAAGGUUAAACUAAUAACGGAAGCAGAAAUCAAUGGACAAUACAUAUUAUUCCUAACUAGUGGGAAGCCCGAAUGAGAUAGAUGCAGUUGCUCCAAAGAGAAGGCAGUCCAUUUCGCCUGGGAAUUUAUCAAUUGGGUGAAAAUUGACUGCCAAUCAUCUUUGGCAACUUUAGUUAUAAGAAAAGCUGUAACCGUUAGGAAAAGAAUUAACAAACAAUGGGAAAACUAAGCUUAACAACUAAUCAAUAAUCAAACAAUAAACGGUCACCCCGACAAUAACUUAUUAAGGGAAACAGAGAAGAAGGAGAACAGAUAAUUUUCGUACAAUUUAAGGGUAAAUGUAUCCAUGUGAAAUGAAUCAUACUCUAAUGAGAAAAUAAAAGAAAUAAACACCCAUGACAAUAAUAUUAAUACAAAAGUAAACUGUGUAACUGACGAAGUGUAUCGUUCGAAACUGAUUGCAGCUAAUACGUGAAGAAAACGCAAAGAUCUGAUGUAGGUAAAACCGAAGACAAUAAAAAAAAUCUAAUAGCAUACAAAUGUUGAAGAUUGUACUCUACCAAACAAAACGGCUAGAGAUUUUACGUUGCGUAAACACUUUCCACUCAAAUUGCACUUGUUGAACUAUAAGAAAAAAAAACACAAACCCUCAGACACAGACACGGAUGCAUGUUACAAAUCCAUGCACUCGAACGGAGCUUGCUCAAUUGCACCGGGGAACCGGGAAAAUAAAUCUCCUGAGAGCAAGUGGAAGGCACCCGGAGGCGUCCCUCCGAAAGAAAUCACAACAGAAGAAGGAAAGACAAGCACUUACGUUCGCAAAUCCGAGAAGGAUCUAUACUUCGAGGUACCGUCGUUGGAUCAGCAUCCGAAACAGUUGUGUAUCUUAAUGAUAAAGAAGAAACAGAAACAAAAAAAAAACAAAAAAUACAUAUAUUUACUGUAUUUACUCUCCCCCUUCUAAAGAAAACAAAAAGCAGAGAAUAAAAGUCAAACAUUGAAUACAAAUAAAGAUUGAGAUAAAAUUGCAA